GUCAGAGGAGACGACCCUCCUCCUCCUCUUCAUCCUCAUCGGCCUGUUCCCUCUGACACUCACGAGUGGUCUGAGUUCCUGCUGCACCUGAACGCGUCGACAUGAGUGACGGCAGCAAUGAUCUGCUUUCCAGACUGCAGCAGCUGCAGAGCCGCUUCACCUGGGACCUGCAGGGGAAAGAUUUGGACCUGGAGAACCUGAGCACCAGACUCCAGGAGCACAUCGACCUUCAGCUGGGCUCCAGCAGUGCGCUGGCUCGGACCUUCAGCUUCCUGGCUUACGUCAGGUAUCUUCAAGGUCAACCAGAGAUGGGACUGCCACUGCUGAGCCAAGCAGAGCAGAAGAUCCGGGAGUGUCAUGGUGGGGAGAGCGAGCGGCGGCUCAUUGUGGCGUAUGGAGACCUGGCCUGGUUUAAGUACCACACCGGAGACCAGACAGAGGCGCACGCCUACUGCCAGAAAGUUCAGGACAUACUGUCGAAACAUCCCACCGGUUCCCCAGCAGUUCUCCAUCCAGAGGUUUAUGGGGAAAAGGCUUGGACAUACUUCAAAUUUUCAAGAUCUUACUACCCUGAAGCCAUUGACUUGUUCCUGAAAGCUCUGGAGCUGCAGCCUGAUGACAGCGAGUGGAACGCUGGCUACGCUAUUGCCCUGUACCGCACAGAGGAGAGGGUUACAGAAACUCCUGAGAACGUUGAGGACUCACCUGUUGUCAGACAGCUUCGCCGAGCGCUGGAGAUCAACCCUGAUGACGGGGUUCUAUUGACCAUACUAGCUCUGAAGCAGAAGGCCUGUGGCAACCACCAAGAGGCUGAAGGUCUUGUGGAGAGAGCGCUGAAGAUCGCUCCUGAUAACCCUCACGUCAUGCGAUACAUUGGCAAAUACCUGCGUAUUCAGGGAGAAAACGACCGAUCUAUUGAUCUGCUGAAGCGAGCGCUGAAGAAGAGCCCGUCAGCUUUCAUCCACCACCAGUUGGGUAUGUCCUACAAGAAGAUGAAGAUCAGCGAGCAGAUGUGCCGGCCUUCCAACAGACAAAAGGUGCAGGAGUGGAGGCGUCAGAGCAUCCAUCACCUUGAGGAGGCGCUGAAGAUGAAGCCCUUGUUUUUUCUGGCGCUGGCCGAUCUAGCACUGAUGGUUGGAGAAGAACGGGACUUUAGCAGGGCCGAGGAGUUGUUCAAGCAUGGUUUGGAAAUGUUACCCAAGUUAUCCGAGAAAUCCCUUUGUCAAGUUUUCUACCAGCGCUAUGGUGACUUUCACUUCUACCACACUAUAAGUGAGGCUCAUGCUAUCACUAACUACAUACAGGUUGUCCAGAUGACACCAAACACGUGGGAGUGGAAACAGGGCGCUAAGAACCUGAAGAAGAUCGCAGAGCGCCGUCUCAAAGAGGAUGAGGACGACGGACAGGCAUACGCUCUGUUGGCUCAGGUGGCCAAAGCCGAAGGCCACAAGAAGAAGGCCGAGGAUCUUUAUGAGAAAGCUCUGGACUGCGAUAAAAACAACACCGAGUACCUGAGCGCUCUGUGCGAGCUGCGCUUGGAGCUGCAGUGAAACGUUCACUUCUAAACCCAACAAGGCACUUUAGUCACUAACACAACUCACUGGAAGUUGUUCAAUGGGGAUUAUUUAAACCAGAAAUGUAUCUGAAUGAAUUUGUAUAACAACACUGUCACAGGACCUCAAAUAACACUAACAAAUCAGCACUUUUAUUUUGAUGUAAACAUAAAGGGCGCUCUUGUCCGCCUUGUGAUGUCACUUAUGACAUCACAAAGAAAAAUGUUCUAAAUCGCAUUCAUGAAAGUGAAGAUCUAUUAUUCUUAUAAUUGUUAACAGGAACCUGGAUUGUAGAUAAACAGUGACUGAACAUCACUCUCUCGUGGUGAGGAUUUGGUGCCUUCACAACCACGACACGGGUUCAGUUCCUGGUCAGGGAAGAGGUGUGAUCUGUCUCUCCCUCUAUCACGUAUGUCUUUGUGCUUCUGUCUGAUUAUCAAUUACGUGUGAUUUUGUUCUUUAACGCCUUGUUUUGUCUUCAGAGUAUAAAUGGU